CAAACAUUAAUGUAAGUAAACCACUUUGCAUUUAUUUAUUUGAAUCGUAAAGCUAAAAUGCGACAAGAGUUCCAUUGUCAUGCUCUGAAGGAGGAACUUGUCUAUAGUGACUCUGCAAAAAAACGAGAAUAAGGAGAGCAAAAGUUGUCAUUUAACAGUCAGUCGUUUUUUGAUAGUUACGUGUUGUUUUGCAAAAAGUUUUUGGGAGACUUUUACGUUAAUGUUAAUCACUUUCACUUUUUGUACUCAUAAAGCUAGAUAAGAAACUUAAAAAUAGAAUAGCCUCAAACAGGCAAUUGUGACCUAACAACUUGCUUAUCUUUGUCUAGCAGCGAUUGUUUUCUUGAGUCUAGAGUCUGUAACACGGAAAACACUGAAUUAAGGGAGCCGUCUACAAUCUGCAUUGGAAAGCGAUCUCGCUAUCUCCACACUUUUGUUUCCCCCAAAUGUAGUUGAGGGUGCGUAACAUGAGAUAGAAAUUUUUGGAAUGGGCUUAAAGGAAGAAAUCCCUUUCGUCAUAUUAUCAUUCUCCAUUUUGGUCGUUUUAAGCUGAGAUUGUAAGACAUUUAUUGUAGAGUUGUAUAUUGAUUGACCAAACUCAGCAGUGACGUAUUUCAGGGAAAGGUUUGAAAUAAGUGGGACGAAAACCAAAGCCUGUACAGUAAGCGUUAGUUUUGAAGGGAAGCGUUGGUUGGUUGUGCCAAGUGAAUUCAGCUCUCGUUCAGAAGGUUGAACUUAAAAGUUUUUGAUAUUUGGGACAACGUAUAUAGAAAAAAUUCCAAUUUUGGCAAACACUAAUUGUACCUUUUUCGCAAGCUUCGUUUAAGUUUUCGUGUUAGUGUUGUGAGAUUUUUUUUGCCGUUUUAGAGAAAGUUAACAAAUAGAGUCGGAAGCUUUUGUUGGAAUGGAGUCAACCCUAUCAGUUCCACCCUCUUGUGGAGAAGCACAAAAAGGUAAUGGCAUAGACUACAGCAAGAAUCCCGGUCGGAACAGUAUGGAAGGCUUUGUUGAAACCAGCUGUGAGAACGGAAUCUGGUUAAAGAAGAACGUAUCGGGAAAAACAGAAUAUCGUAGUUUUCAAGAGCAAGCAGGCGCAAGUUAUGGACAGUGUGUGGCUAACUCAACACUUAAGGGUUAUUUGGUAGACUCUUCCUCUCCUGUUGAUUUUGGGAGAGAUAAGGUAAAGUGGGACAAUAACAUAUAUUCCUCAUCGUUGGCUGGAGGGUAUGAGCAAGACAAAAUGCUUUCAGAAACUCGCUCAGAUGUAAUAUUGGACAGUAGCCUUGCCCCGGAUGCGGACUCUUCUGGAGAUUCCACGAGCACCACACCUUCUUUUUCUCCAAACUAUUUGUCUCCUCUUCUUUCUCCGCAGCUAAAGCCUUCGAGUCUUCCUUCUCAUGAGAUUUUUAAGAAGCCGUAUUCAGUUCCAGUAUUACAUGUAGAUAAUGAGCAACGAAACCAGAAUUCUAACGAAUACUCUUCAGGAAAUAAUAAUUCAGCCUACGCAACUUCAGACCGAUUGCAGAAGGAGUUAGCGGAUGAUGGUAUUGGUUUAUCGGGCUUGUCGCCAUCAUGUGACAGACGCUAUGAGGAUUUGGGGUUGUCUGGAAGGAAAUCAAAAUUUAUCCAACCAAUUGGGACUAGACAAAGUCUUCGAAGUGGAUCUGCAAGGAGCGGACUUGGUUCACCUCUUUUGUUUCACGUAGAAAAUACAGGUGAAAGUGAUUCAUCGCCUAAACGGAAUCAAGAAAUUGUUUAUGAAGAUUUUCGUUGUGCUUCCGUCCAAAAGUUCAACUCGCAUGAACUACCUGCAGAUACUAGUAGUGUAACACUGAAUCGAGAGGUAACCGGCAGAAGUUUAAGCGAUACAUUCAUGUCAUCGUAUUCACCCUUCGAAAGUCCUUCGCUAAGAACAUCUGUCGUCGAAGGGAAUCAGUCUCAAGGAGGUUUUUGUGAUGAAUCACCACAGAAGUUUUUUCGAUUCGCCAAUCUUAAUCCUAUUGCUAACGAUAGUUUGUUUCGUUCGUCGUCUUUAAGUGCUCUAGAUCGGAAUGGUUCGAAUGGUUCCUCCGCUCCGUCCUCUUUAAAGAUAGACGAUUUUGUUUCUCAUUCUCUAACUUCACAACGAAGAAAAGUUUUCCAACAGCAAGGAUUUUCAGGUGAAAGGUAUAGUUCUUCUUAUGAAGACGUUUUGUCUGCAUUUCGCACUUUAGAGUGUGCUGAAAAUGGUCGAGAAACGAAAGAGAGUCAAACUGUGUCGAAUAAUUGCUCGCAGUACUCUUCACCGCGAGUUAUAUCUUCUUCAACACGCGUUGACUUGAAUGGCACAAGAAGUAACUAUUCCUAUAAUGAAUAUUCACCAAGUCAUAUUCGUUACCUCAAUUCUGAGACCCCGAGUCGGACUGUUCUAGUCAAAAAUAUUCCACCGGGUGUAGAUGAUAGCGAACUGAGGUGUUUGUUGGAACGCUUUGGUCCAUUAAGAGACUUGGGAGCUCAACAGCGUUCGAGAGGUGGGCGUGGUGCUAUUCAAGCUACUUAUUUUGACCUAAGACAUGCACGUGAAGCAGUCAAUUUAUUGCCAAAAGUAUCAUUUCACGGAAGGUAUUUAGAAGUUCGUUUUAUAUUGUCAAGCGAAACAUCUCCUGCUCUGAAUGAACCUAUGAAGAAAGGUAUUCAUUCAACAAACUCAGCAACUCAUUUUAACAACGGUACUUUGGUGGUUUUCAACUUGGACUCUAACAUUACUGCUGAUGAGUUGAGGAAAGUAUUUGGUGAAUAUGGCGAUAUCAAGGAAAUACGUGAGUCACCUCAUAAAAAGCAUCACAAGUUUAUUGAAUUUUAUGACGUCCGAGAUGCUGAGGUAGCAUUGCAUAAGUUGAAUAAGACGGAAGUUUCAGGUAAAAAGAUUAAAAUUGAAAUCAGCAGACCUGGUGGAGUAAGAAGUCAUCUUACGAACGAUUCACUUUUUGCCAGUUCGAGUUAUCCAUCGUCUUCUUAUACUGGCAACCUUUUAGAAGAAGAGAGUUCGUCAGAUUCUCUUCCUGGAUUUAUAUCUGGCACAGAUCCGCAUGGACUUGGAGAAUACUCUUCAUCGUUGCACUCAUUUGUCAUGGACGGAUUCAGUUCUUCGGAAAGGUUUCCACUAGAGACCUGUGCCUAUAAUGUGAGCUCUUCGAGAAGUACUCCCAUUCCGUCAAGUCGUUCGAAUGGUUUUUCUUCAAAAGAUGUUUUGAGACAGUCACCAAGGUCAAUGUCAAGUCCGAUGUUUCUUUCAGUUCAUUCACCAAGUGGAAAUAGAACACCGGGAGAAGGCUCCGCUUUGAAUUCUCCUUCAGGCAGUGUUUCAUCAAACGGAAUGAUUUCUCGUAGAAGUUCGUCAGAUGAUCGUUCCAAAUUUAUUCUUUAUGUGGAAAAAGUUCAUUCAGGAGAAGACAUUAGAACAGCACUUAUGAUUCGGAAUAUUCCGAACAAAUAUAAUCAGAGAAUGCUUCUUGCAACACUUGAAGAGAACCAUCGAGGAAAGUUUGACUUCUUCUAUCUUCCUAUCGAUUUUAAAAAUAGAUGCAAUGUUGGUUACGCCUUUAUUAAUUUUCGUCAUCCUCAGUUUAUUGUUCCCUUUUAUUUUGAGUUUCAUGGAAGACGCUGGGGAAGGUUUAACUCUGAAAAAGUUUGUGAAAUUACUUAUGCAAGAAUUCAAGGAAGGAAUAAUUUGAUUGCGCAUUUUCAAAACUCAUCUUUAAUGAAUGAAGAUCCAAAGUGUCGUCCAAUUAUCUUUGGAGAAAAUGGUGAAAGGUUAGAGUUUCCAAUCGGUCCUCAUGUACGAACUCGAAGAGGACCCAAUUCCCGUGAAGUUUCUACUAUGAACAAAGAACUGACAUUGGAUAACAACAUUUCUCAGUAACCAUGUAUGUUAUUUGUACUUUCUUGGAAUGAGGUUAACAACACAUCAUAUGAAAGUAUCUAUUCAGUUUCCUUUUGUUA